AUGGCGGGCGGGUCGGCGGCGGGGAGCGCGGCCGAUGGGCGGAGGCAGGACUACCCCGGCCGGCUGACCCUGUUCGUGUUCAUGGCGUGCCUCGUCGCGGCCACCGGAGGUCUCAUCUUCGGCUACGACAUCGGCAUCUCCGGCGGGGUGACGUCCAUGGACCCGUUCCUCAGCAAGUUCUUCCCGUCGGUGUACCGGAAGCAGCAGCAAGCCGACGACAGCAACCAGUACUGCAAGUUCGACAGCCAGCUGCUCACCAUGUUCACCUCCUCGCUCUACCUCGCCGCGCUCGUCGCCUCGCUCGUCGCCGCCUCCGUCACCCGCGUCGCCGGCCGCAAGUGGUCCAUGUUCAUCGGCGGGGUCACCUUCCUCGCCGGCUGCGCGCUCAGCGGAGCCGCCCAGAACGUGGCCAUGCUCAUCCUCGGCCGCGUCCUGCUCGGCGUCGGUGUCGGCUUCGCCAACCAGAGCGUGCCGGUCUACCUCUCCGAGAUGGCGCCCGCCAGGAUGCGCGGCAUGCUCAACAACGGUUUCCAACUCAUGAUCACCCUCGGUAUCCUCGCCGCCAACCUCAUCAACUACGGCACCGACAAGAUCUCCGGCGGGUGGGGCUGGAGAGUCAGCCUCGCGCUCGCGGCGGUGCCCGCGGCCAUCAUCACCAUCGGCUCCCUGUUCCUCCCGGACACGCCUAACUCCCUUCUGGAGCGCGGCAAGCCCGACGAAGCCAGGCGGAUGCUCCAGCGCGUACGCGGAACCGACGACGUGGACACCGAGUACCACGACCUGGCGGCAGCGAGCGAGGCGUCCAGCGCCGUGGAGCGGCCGUGGCGCGACAUCCUGAGGCGGAAGUACAGGCCGCAGCUGGUGAUGGCGGUGGCGAUCCCGCUGCUGCAGCAGCUCACGGGCAUCAACGUCAUCAUGUUCUACGCGCCGGUGCUGUUCAAGACGCUCGGCUUCGGCGGCAGCGCGUCGCUCAUGUCGGCGGUCAUCACCGGCGUCGUCAACCUCGCGGCCACGCUGGUGUCGGUCUUCACGGUGGACAGGCUGGGGCGGCGCGUGCUUUUCCUGCAGGGCGGGGCGCAGAUGUUCGCGAGCCAGGUGAUUGUCGGCGCGCUCAUCGGCGCCAAGCUCGGGUGGAGCGGCGUGGCGGAGAUCCCGUCGGGGUACGCGGCGGCGGUGGUGGUGAUGAUGUGCGUCUACGUGGCGGGGUUCGCGUGGUCGUGGGGCCCGCUGGGGUGGCUGGUGCCGAGCGAGGUGAUGCCGCUGGAGGUGCGGCCGGCGGGGCAGAGCAUCACCGUGGCCGCCAACAUGCUCAUGACCUUCAUCGUCGCUCAGGCCUUCCUCCCCAUGCUCUGCCGCCUCAAGUUCGUGCUGUUCUUCUUCUUCGCCGCGUGGGUCGCCGCCAUGACGCUCUUCGUCGCGCUCUUCGUGCCGGAGACCAAGGGGGUGCCCAUCGAAGACAUGGCCGACGUGUGGAAGGCGCACUGGUACUGGAGGCGCUUCGUCACGGACGACGAUGGUGCCUCCCGACGUGUAGACCUCGAGAUGGGCAACACCGUUGCCAAGAACUAG